AUGGCCCACACUACAUCCAUCGCAGUGUUCCCACAGAAACAGACAGCAAAGAAGUCAUACCAUCCCUAUGCUUCCUCCUCACCCACUCCUCUUUCAAGAGAUUUGUCUGACCUCAGCACCUGGCGUGACCUCAAGUCUUACCAGCCCGCUGUGCGCAAGUACUUCUCCAGCGGGCUGUUCAUCGCGUCUGUCUCUCAGGACGUUGUUGGAUUGCUGGCCAAGGGCAGCCUGGCCCUGGACGACAUUGACACCAGCACAUUCGUGGUGGGCAGCACAUGCCAAUCGCUGUUUCCUGAGGGCAAGGCAUACCAGGACAACCCUGCAAGCUCGCACGCACACAAUCUCCUCCCUGUCGACCAGACGCGAUGCCUCGUGGUGGAGGAAUGGGGCCCUAUCAGACCCUUCCCCCACAUGUUCAACUUCUACAGGGAUGGAAGCCUGUAUCUCGUCAACAGCCCUGGGCACCUCCCUGGGCACCUCAACAUCCUCGCACGCAUGUCAGCUGACAGUGUACCUAGCAGGCAACAAGAGAAGGCUGAGGGCCACAUCGCAAAUAUCUGGGCCUUGUAG